GGCGCUCCACUCGCCGCCGCUGCCCCUGCCCGAGCGCCCAGCUCCCGCGGCCCGCACGCUCCCCACAGCUACCACCACACUUCAGAAUGGCCAACAGGGGACCUGCCUAUGGCCUGAGCAGGGAAGUACAGCAGAAGAUUGAAAAACAAUAUGAUACGGACCUGGAGCAGAUCCUCAUCCAGUGGAUCACCACCCAGUGCCGCAAGGAUGUGGGCCGGCCCCAGCCUGGGCGCGAAAACUUUCAGAACUGGCUUAAGGACGGCACGGUCCUGUGUGAGCUCAUCAACUCGCUGCACCCUGAGGGACAGGCCCCUGUGAAGAAGAUUCAGGCCUCCUCCAUGGCCUUCAAGCAGAUGGAGCAGAUCUCGCAGUUCCUGAAGGCCGCGGAGUCCUAUGGCAUCAACACCACUGAUAUCUUCCAGACUGUUGACCUCUGGGAAGGAAAGAAUAUGGUCUGUGUUCAGCGGACACUUAUGAACCUGGGUGGGCUGGCGGUAGCCCGGGAUGAUGGGCUUUUCUCUGGAGACCCCAACUGGUUCCCUAAGAAAUCCAAGGAGAACCCUCGGAACUUCUCGGACAACCAGCUGCAAGAGGGCAAGAAUGUGAUUGGGUUACAGAUGGGCACCAACCGUGGGGCGUCUCAGGCGGGCAUGACUGGCUACGGAAUGCCACGCCAGAUCCUCUGAUCCCACCCUGCCUGGCCCUGCCCUCCCGUGAAUGUUAAUAUAUAGAUAUAUAUUUAGUAAAUGACAUUCCUGAGAGCGCCAAGCUCUCCAGCUCCUCUCUGGGGGGUGGGGCCUGGCAUGGCCCCUUUGGGGGUGCCUGAGGGCAGCCUCUCCCCCAAUUGCUUACUGAUACAUUCCCUUCUCCAAACC